CAGGAAUGGAGCCAGCGUCCCGCCAGCCCACGCCGAGAAGCAGCCAUGGCCAGCCACGAUGGCUCAGGCCCGCACGCCGCCAAAUUCUACGUGCCGCGGCUGCUCUCGACUAGCGGCGAGCCCUCAUCCUCGCACGUCCUCAGCGAGUGCGCCAUCCGGCAGCUCGCGCCACAGGUGCCUCGCCGGUACGCGCUCUCUGACUGGAGACUGCUCUACUCGACGCACGUGCACGGCAUCUCAAUCAACACUCUCUACCUCCGCGCCUCGGGUUGCGGCGGAUGCCUCCUCGCGCUGAGGUCCUCCGACGGAGCCACCUUUGGAGGCUUCAUCUCCGAGUGCCAGCCGCCGAGUGCACCGGGACCGGACGGGCGCCACUUUUACGGCAACGGCGAGUCCUUCCUCUGGCGGGUCGAGCCGCUCACAGACCUGCCUCCGCUGCCGCGCCCCUCCAUGGGAGAACCGCCCACCUGCCUGCUCGAGACGUUUGGCUGGACGGGCGCCAACACGUACUUUGCCCUCUCUCACCGAGAGCACCUCGCCCUCGGGUCCGGAGGGCACUUUGGCCUGUGGAUCGACGCCGACCUGAGGCACGGCUCUUCCGGGGCAAGCGACACGUACGGCGACCCCUCCCCUUGGACGCGCCACUCCGCCGCCCGAGCUCUGAACGGCGCCGCUUCACAGCUGCAUGCGUGA